AUGGAGCAGCGCUCAGAGCUGCCCUUCGAAAUCCGCGCUUUCCUACAGCAUGAUCUAGACCAGGACGCUUCGUUACUGACGGCGGUGUUGAUUGAAAUCCGGGGGAUCAUACAAGAGCGUGAAGAACUUGCGGCUAGGAUUCCCCUUUGCAUCAAAGAAAAAGGAGAGAAAGACAAGAAUCAGCUCAAGCAGCUGUUCUCCUAUCAAGGACCCGACCACGAAACUGAGAGAAUUCUGAACCAGUAUGGAGAUCUCUGGAUGGACGACCCAAAUCGAUUUUGGAACACACCCCUUCUGUCCGGCUCGCAACGGUUCGGGUGUACGUGGACCCCCGAAUGUACCGACGCUGUUCGUACAGUGCACAAUCUGGACCGGAGCCCCGAGGAAAUCGAGCGAGAUGUCAAGUAUAUGGCUAACUGCGGUGGCCGCUAUCUCAAUCUGGAGAAGAGUCUAGGACGUGGAUCCUCUUUGCUCUUGGGUCUUGACAUUGCCGAGUCAAUAUGGACCAAAACUUUACCAAAGUCCGGCAAAGUACACGAUGCGGUGAUGAACCAUAUACGAACGACCCAGCUGACAAGCUUGGUCAACAAGUUUGGGCUUGUAAGAAAAUUGGUUGUUGAGCGUGAGCUCGAGAACUUGUCGGCAAUGCAUUCAUCAACGUUGGUUGGCAGCUUACUGCUUCCCCAGGAGUCGAAUACAGCACAGCCAGACACGGCCCUGCCAACUACUUACUACCCUGUUGGUGACACUCUGUACGAACUUGACACAGAUGUCGACUGGGAGCAGUUCGCGGAAUGGGCCUAG